AUGGAGAUAUAUAAAAUAACUUCACCAAAAGAAUGGAAAUAUUUUGCAAAAGGAGCAGCAAAUAUAUUAUUUAAAUAUACUGGUUCAAAUGAUUAUUUAAGACAUAAAUUAUUAAGAUUAAGAUUAAAUAAAAGAGAUGAAGAAUAUAUAAGCACUUGUGAAUUAUAUGAUUUUAUUGAAUUAAAAUGUAAAAAAUUAUUUCCAAAUUUAAUAAUUGAUAUUCAAUUGAUAGUUUUAACAUUUGAAUUUAUAUCAGAAUUAAAUAAAUUAAAUAAUUUAAAUAAUGAAUUUGAAUUAAAUUUAAAUGAAAGAUAUGGUUUAUUAUUACCAAAUAUUUUAGAUGGUGAUUAUAUAAAAUUAUCAUCACUGAAACAUUGUCAAUUAUAUUUUAAUAAUCUGUUAACAUCACAAGAGCAAUUUAAUAUUAAUAAUAAUAAUAACUCCUCAAUACGACUAAAUAAUCAAGAAAAUGGUAAAAUUAUAAAUUAUACUCCAGACCUACUACUAAAUCCAUCAAUACAACAAAAUAAAAUAAAUUCAAUAAUAUUUGAAAUAAAACCAAAAUGGUUAUAUGAUAAUAAAUCUCAAAAUUAUUGUAGAACAUGUUCAUUAAAUCAAUUAAAUAACUACAAGAGACAUUUUUGUCCAUUAGACUUGCUAUAUGAAGAAACUUAUGAUACAGUAAUUGAAGAUAUAUUUUCAAAAAUACCCCCAGAGUUAUUAAAUUUAAUUGAACAAACAAAUGAUUUCCCCAUAAAGUUAUUAUUUAAAAUUUUUUUACAAAAUGAAAGUAAAAACAUAUUUUUAAAAUUAAAAAAAUAUCAAAAAAUAAAUAAUAAAAAUGAUUUAAUUGAAAAUUUAUCAAAUUCAAAUGAUGUUUCAAAAAAUUUAUCAUUAGUAAUGACAUUAAGAGAUGUUGGAAUAUUUAUAAAAUUUGAAAAAUUUAAUAAAUUUAAUAAUAUUCAUAAUUCUCAUAAUAAUAUUGAUAAUACAAUAAAUUUAAAAGAUUUUGAGGAUUGUGUGCCUACUACUACCACUAACAAUAGUAUUAAUAAUAAUACAGCAAACAAUGGAAUUGAAGAUGAUGAAAUUAUAAAAGAUAAGUAUCUUAUAACUUGUAAUAUUUAUGAUUUAGAUUUAAAAUCAAAAAAUAAAUAUAAAUAUUGGAUUAAAAUUGAAAAUGAUUUAAAAAAAAUAUAUAAUCUGGAAAAUAAAAAUUGGAAAUAUUGUAUUAAACAUUAA